AUGGGCGGAAAUGCAUCAAACCUUACUGUAACUCCCCUCCAUCAGCCACUGUUCCAAAUGUACGGGAUGGCUGAUGGGCAGCUGCCGGCGUCGUUGCCGGUCCCCCCAGGUAUUUUCGCUGGAGCAGUUGCUGGAGGGAGCCUCGGAAGUGCGGCUGCUGCACAGUUUGGUAUGGUAGCAGAGUACGGCAUUGCUACUAGCAUCGGAGACGCCAAAGUGAAGGCUGGCGUUGGAGAGAUCUCAUGGAAACGCGCCGGAGGGGACGCCCUGAUUGGGGCAUUCACUGGAGCUGCAGGUGGUGCAUUUGGUAUAUCUGGAGUUACCCGGGCCGCUGGACAAGCUGGAAGCAAGCAAUGUGAGCACAAACCAAAUCCUCGACAAUACCUCAAUGGGACCGUGUCGGUUAACCUACCUACCCUACCUACCUCCAAACAAGGAGUCACUGGAGGCCACGAAAUCGACGACAAAAAUUCCGACAAGAAGAAAAAGAUUCCGCGACGUGUGGUCACUCAGAGACAGCAUCAAGCCGCACACGAACUGCGACAAUAUUGCCUCUGGCUCAAAACGCAAUACCCCAUGAAAUGUUUCCUCGACGUCUAUAUCAACGCCUCCAACUUUUUCGAACAGUUUGUCAUCACGAACGCCGACUGGCAAAGACGUAUGAGUGGAUGA